AUGUCUCUUCCUAAUAGCACCCAAUUUCACCCAACAUCCUUCUUGUUGCUGGGAAUUCCAGGACUAGAAACAUACCACAUCUGGAUCGGUUUUCCCUUCUGUGCUGUGUACAUGACUGCACUCAUUGGGAACCUCACGAUUCUGUUUGUAAUCAAGACCGAGAGCAGUCUACACCAGCCAAUGUUCUACUUCCUGGCCAUGCUGGCUACCAUCGACUUGGGUCUCUCCACUGCUACAAUCCCUAAGAUGCUGGGGAUAUUCUGGUUCAACUUCAGAGAGAUUCUCUUUGAUGCCUGCCUCACCCAGAUGUUUUUCACCCACAACUUCACUGGCAUGGAGUCAGCUGUCCUCUUGGCAAUGGCUUAUGACCGCUAUGUGGCCAUCUGCAAUCCACUUCGCUAUAGCACCAUCCUCACUAGCAAAGUUGUUUCUUGGAUUGGGUUUGGUGUAUUAAUUAGGUCCAUUAUUUCUAUUAUUCCAUUUGUAUUUCUCAUUUUGCGAUUGCCUUUCUGUGGGAAUCAUGUCAUUCCUCAUACCUACUGUGAACACAUGGGUCUUGCUCGCCUGGCUUGUGCCAGCAUCAAGGUCAAUAUUAUAUAUGGCUUGGGUGCCAUUUCUAUUCUUGUGUUUGACAUUAUAGCCAUUGCACUUUCAUACGUCCAGAUACUCCGUGCUGUCUUCCGUCUUCCUUCUAGGGAAGCCCGAGAGAAAUCCUUGAGCACCUGUGGUUCUCACGUCUGUGUCAUCCUUGCCUUCUAUAUGCCAGCCCUCUUCUCUUUUAUGACACACCGCUUUGGCAGAAAUGUCCCUCGUUACAUCCACAUACUUCUAGCUAACCUUUAUGUUGUAGUGCCUCCAAUGCUCAACCCUGUCGUAUAUGGAGUGAGAACCAAGCAGAUACAUGACAGUGUGAAGAAAAUCCUAAUCCAUAAAUAG